AUGAAUCAAGAUAAAGUUGUCUAUUAUCCGAUUGAAUUCUUAAAUUCACUUGAUUUUCCAGACAUGCUAUCGUACAUUCUAACAUUGAAAUUUGGCGUGCCCAUCAUUCUUCUACGAUGCAUCAAUCCACCACGAUUAUGCAACGAUACUAGGCUUUUAGUGAAAAAGUUGAUGAACAACAAAAUCGAAGCUACAAUUUUAAACGGAAAGUUUAAAGACGAAGAUGUACUGUUGUCACGUAUCCCAAUGGUUCCAACAGAUAUGCCUUUUGAAUUCAAAUGUUUGCAGUUUCCGGUGCGACUGGCCUUUGCAGUUUGCAAUGACUAUCAAAAAAUCACAAGAACAAUCGCUACAAGUGUGACUGAAUUUGGAAAAUCUAUGAUUCUCACAUGUACAGCUGUAUGUGGCAUGCGGUUACGUGUCGRAAAAACUUCUGAUUUGUUUKUGUACGUAUCAGAAGGAAGUACAAAAAAUAUUGUGAAUCCAAAUGCUUUUCAAUAA